GCAAAUAUAUACACAGAGUCUACGUCUACCGCGGUAGCAUUCACGCCUUUUCUCGUAUACGCAUACAAUCAAAAGCUAUACGUAGAUACAGUCUCUUCUCAGUAUUGUCUCGGCAAAGAAGCCGAACUUGUAUACGUAUACGUAUAGAGGAAAGUGGCAGCCAUAGCAGCCUGGUACAUUUGGAGAGUCGAGGCUCAAGACCUGCCACUGCUAGCGCACACAAGCGUACACAUCCCCCACUUACCUCGACUGAGAGAGAGAGAGAGAGAGAGAGAGAGCGAGAGAGGGGGAGGGGAGAGAACUUACAAUACAGAAUAUCCCGCAGAGAGCCAGAGCGCGAGAGCGAACGAACGAACAAGCGGACGCGCGCGCGGCAGUGGCGGUGUUUUAGAAGCUCGUCGUUGACGUUCGCGAGUGGCCGUGUGUUACAUCGGGCUUACGUAUAUAAAGUUGUUAGCAACCGAAAGAGGACAACAUUUGCUGCUUUGCACUCUGUCCUCGCGCACCCACAAAAAAGCGACACAGAAGGGCGUCAUAGGAUUUUUCCCACAUAUUUUUCAUUUGAACGUGACAUUUUGUUAGCAAUUGGGAAUGGCAUUCCUGAGGAGGCUGCCCCAGGCCGCCAAGCAGGCGGUGCGCGAGCGUACGAGCACCGCCACCGUCACGUCUACGGCCAGCACGCAGCAGCGCACCGAGGUGAGGCCAACCCAGGUCCAACAGCAGCUGAUCAAGAGGCAAAUUGAUCCCUUGGACCUCAAGUUUAACGAUCCCGUGGCCUCUUUCAAGAGCAAGACGAUGACCGAGCUCGUUAGAGCCUACUUCGUCUACCAACUUUGCUCCAUCGAGUUCCUCGUCGAAAACAAUAUGAAGUUGAUGAAAGUCUGUCAAAGUAUCAUGGGAGAGAAGCUUUUCGCGUACAUGAUGAAGUCAACAUUUUACGGCCACUUCGUUGCUGGAGAAGACGAAAAUGAAAUCGCCCCUGUUCUCGAUCGAUUGCGACAAUUUGGUGUCAAGCCGAUUCUCGAUUACUCAGUAGAAGAGGACAUUUCACAAGAAGAAGCCGAACGACGAGAAGUCUCAGCUUCAGUCUCCGAAGCAGGCGAUGACAAGAACUCGGGUACGAUAAAGAAAUAUCACGUGGAAAAAUCUUUUGCUGAUAGACGGUACAAAGUGUCGUCUGCAAGAACGUAUUUUUAUCUGAAUGAAGCAAAUUGCGAGCGGAAUAUGGACAUUUUUAACAGGUGCCUCGAAUCCGUAGCAAACCAGUCGCACGGAACGGGUAUCACUGCGAUCAAAUUGACAGCGCUUGGAAGGCCGCAGCUUUUGCUUCAAUUGUCAGAAGUGAUUAUGCGAGCUCGACAGUACGUUAAUGAUGUAGUUGGCGGUGAGGGCGCAGUAUUGGCACAUCACGCUAAACCCGAACUUUUUGAAAAAAAAUUCGAGGAGGCGCAUAUUCGUGAUGAGGCUCCUGUGAAGAAAUUCUUGGAAAAGAUUCAAGCCGACGAAGAAGGUGUAAUCCACUUGUUCCCAUGGAGUGGAAUUUUGGAUGAGAAUUACGAGUUGAGUAAGACAUUCAUGGUACCGGACAUCAAGACUGGCAAAAUGGUGAAUCUGAUGAGCCAACUGACCCGAAGAGAAGAAGAAAUGUUUCGAAACAUGAUUAGAAGACUCAAUAGCAUAGUAUCGGUGGCUGAUAAGUUGAACGUGCGUAUAAUGAUCGACGCGGAGCAGACGUAUUUCCAGCCGGCGAUCUCCCGUUUGACACUGGAGAUGAUGCGCAAGUACAAUACAAAAAGGGCCGUGGUGUUCAACACGUACCAGACUUAUCUGCAGGAUGCCUACACCGAAGUUAAGACCGAUCUCGAGCAGGCGGAGAGACAAAACUUCUACUUUGGCGCCAAAAUUGUACGAGGCGCUUAUAUCGAGCAGGAAAGAGCCAGAGCAGCAGCGAUGGGAUAUUCGGAUCCAACCUGCCCUACCUACGAAGCAACGACAGAGUCAUAUCACAGGACACUUAUGGAGUGUCUGCGCCGGAUGAAGCAGUACAAGGAUAAAGGAGAGGAUCCCAAGAAAAUUGGAAUUAUGGUAGCUUCACACAAUGAAGAUACAGUACGAUUCGCCAUUGAAAAGAUGAAAGAGAUUGGUAUUUCGCCCGAAGACAAAGUUAUCUGUUUUGGUCAAUUGUUCGGCAUGUGCGAUUACUUGACAUUCCCACUUGGUCAAUCUGGAUACUCAGCAUACAAAUACAUCCCAUACGGACCCGUAAAAGAAGUGCUGCCGUAUCUUUCUCGCCGAGCACAGGAAAAUCGCGGAGUACUUAAAAAGAUCAAGAAGGAAAAAUCUCUACUGCUUUCCGAGAUCACGAGGCGCAUAUUCAAGGGACAAAUGUUUUAUAAGCCAAAGGGCAGUUAUAUCCCAGUGUGAAGUGUGCACAGUUGCUUCGUUUCAUCGAUAAUACCGUUUAAAAGAAAUCGAAAAUCAUGCAAAGAAAUAUCAAUUUCGCGUUACUUGAAAAAGAAAAACAAACAAGAUGACGACUAGGAUAAAGAAAGACUUGAUGACGGAAUGACUGGAUUAAGUAUAAAAAUUUCUGCUUUUUAUUGAAGCAGUUUUAAAUUAGAGUCAAUAGGUUUUUUUUGUUAGUCACACCCGACGUCUAUGUCACGUACCGCAUUGUAUAGAAUUUUUAUCUCUACGUUUACAUUUCUCCUUUUGGCAUACUCACUUUGGUUUCGACUGUAUAGUCGUAUUUUAAAUUAUUUGUAAAUGAAAAGUAUACGUGUAGCGUUGAGCCAAGAAUUCAUUUUCUAAUUAUGGUUGAGUACUCGUUUCUGCAGUGAAAAUUUUUAUUGUGACAAAUGGAUAUGACUUUUUGAGUCUAAAUCAAUGCUAUAAGAAACUAUCCAAUAGAUAAAUUUUCGAUGGACUAAAAAAACGCAGUGUGUUUUUUUAGUUCAUCAGGCGUAGGUGAAAAAAUAUGAUAGCUACUUCAGAAUGUGAUCAGAAAAUAUUAUCACGAGAAGCUAUCAAUGAUAGUAGUGAUGCUGUAAUUGACAUGCGGGCAUGAUUUUCAGAAAUGUUCAAUAUACGAACGACUAUAUAUUUUAGACAUUCGAACGGUAUCGAUCAUCUUCACUGUGUGGUUUCAAUCAAUUGAUAAUCUAAGGCUGUAUUGAUAAAGAAUGUGUCAAUUCAAAGGCGUGCUAAAACUUUCAUUGUUUUGUAAGAAAGUUUGAUUUGUAACUCAGCGAUGUCAAAUUUUUAGUGAAUAGAAUCGAUACUGUGCAUUUGAGCAUUUGACAUUCGUGGCUUGUUGUAGAAUCACGAAUAGAUAUUCGAGUGCCAGUUUAAUUUUUUAGACAGAAACUAAUCGACCUUAUGACUGUGAAACUUAACAAGUACAAUGUUUUAAUACAGCUAAGCUAUUAUUUUAGAAAUAUUAUCGAUUUUCAAGGCAGCUUGAGUUUUUACAGUGGAAAAAAUCCGCCCUAGUUUCUCACACGUAUUCGCUUCCUUGAAAAUUUCACGAAUUAUAGAUAACUGCUUGUAAUACCACCUGAAAAUAGUAAGAAAAUCGAGCUUUAAUAAAUAUACAUUUUUUGUAAUUUAUAAAAGAAAUGUCGUAAUACUGAUUUGAGGUAAAAACAAGCGACGAUGCACCUAUUUCUACUUAAAAAAUUGUAAACUCUAUUGAUAAUUUUGUGCCGUACAAACGUUUGGAAAUAUCAUUUAUGUGAAAAUUUACAAUCACUUUAAUGAAUUGAAUUUUAAUUGAAUAAAGGGGCAUUGUUAAAGUUAUCCGAAAUUGCCUGUCAAGUACUUAUUUGAAAAUUGUGUGGGAGUUGAGAGAGAAUUGAAUGCAUCACGCAGAUGUGAAGCUGCAGUUGAAAUAUAAUAUUUGUUACUAUAUUCACAUACAUUAUUGUUUGUUCUAUAGAUUUUUUAAUGAGAACAAAAGAGGAAGCCUCGCAAUUGUUUCUUGUUUCAAGCGAUGCUGACAAUAAUAGUUUACAAUAAAUUGUAAACUGAAAUUAUAUACCAAAAAUUCUAUAAGCUAAGUUAACAUAAACUUAUAUUAAAAAAUAUAAAUAUGUACGUAGAAUUGAAUGUUCAUGAUACUUGCUUAAAUGAACUCGCCAAGUUCGAUGUAUCAUACAUUUAAUUAUUUUAUUUGUAAAUAUUAAAUUACUUAUUGGCAUGGAACGUAUAAAGAUAAUUCUUUUUGUUCUUGCAAAUUGUAAAAUAUAGCUAGAAGAAUGAACAAAAAUUUAUUCAUACGCAAACAAGAAAGUAAUAAAGGUUGAAAACUUACCUGAUAUCUAUGAAAUAAGUAAUUAUCUGUGAUUACUUAUUUUGUAAAAUGUUCGAAAUAUAGAAAAUGCAUUUGAGUUUUACUUUUAUUUCCAUUGAAGUGACGAGAAAGUCAAAAUCAAACCUUGAACUUAUCUAUUUAUUCUAUUUUUAAUUAAUCAGUUAUUUAAAAAAUACACGCUUUGAAUAUUUUCUUAAUGUUAGCUGAGUUUAAGAAAAACUUAUCUAGGUCGAAUAAUUUCUAUCUAAGUAUAAAAUAAGUGAAUAUUUAUUAUUACUUUUUUGUGAAUUACAGUUAACAUGUUCGACACUGUUGAACAAUAUUUAUUUCGUCUGCUGGGACAAAAACAUCUUCAUUACAGUUAUAUAUAAGCUUAUAAAUCUAUUCGUAUACAUUAGAAAAGUAAAAAAAUUAAUUUUCAGUACUUUCCCAUUUUCAAAUUGAAUGGCGUCAAAUUCAUACUGAAAUGAUAUAGAAAAGAUUUUAGAAUACCAGAAAGACAUUUUGCAUAUACUCUAACACCACAUAUAUAUCAGUACAUUAAUACUAUCUAAAAAAAUCCAAGUAAUUAUAGCUUUGGAUAAUUUCAACGGAAUUGCCCCAUUCGGUUUCGUAUAUAACUUACAAAUAUCAAAUGAUUGUAUUACACUUUAAAAUCACGUAACUAUACAGUAAAUAAUUUCGUCCCAGCAGUAACGACGAACGAUAUAGAAAUCGAGGCAAAGAAACGUAUACAUUCUUGUGAAAUUUUACACCCUAACAAUUAAAAUUAUUUAGCAACUAUA